GUCAUCUCAAGUCCAGAUGACAAAGUCGGCGUCCUCCUUUAUGGAGUGCGCGAUAAGCAGAAUCCCAACAACUUUGACGGCAUCCGGCUUCUCUUGGACCUGGACCGCCCCAGCGCUCAGCGAAUCAAGCAGCUUCAGCAGGAGUCGAGCCGGUCACCUGCGCAGCUCGCGGAGCGCUACGGUGUCGGGCGUGCUGUUCCUGUGUCGGACGUUUUCUGGACUUCGACAACGAUUUUCAAUUUAGGUGCAAAUCAGGCACAGUUCGACUCCCGCAUCUUCCUUUUCACCUGCAACGAUGCGCCUGCCGCGCAGCCUGAAGAGAUUGCUGCAGCACGUACCCGCGUGCAGGAUCUGAUGGACAUGGGCGUGGUGGUGGAGUUCUUCCCGCUGCAAUUCCCGGAGCAAGACUUCUCCAUCGAGCGCUUCUGGGGUGGCCUCCUGCCUGUUGACCCGACAGACUACCUGAAGAGGGCCGCCGUACGCCUUGAGGAUGUGGAACGAGUGGUGCGCAUGCGGGCUCACCGCAAGCGCACGCUGCAGAGGCUGGCUUUCCACCUUUGCCCUGGUGUCGAGGCUUCUGUGUCGGUGUUUGUCACAAUGCUGGAGGCGAAAGUGCCGGCCCCCGUGUACCUUCUGAAUGAGAACAAUAAGCCGCUGAAGGCCGAGUCAAAGCAGAUCUGCGAGCAGACAGGAGCUUUACUGCACCCCGUAGACGACAUUGCCACCUUCGUUGAGGUGGCAGGCAACCGGAUCUUCGUGACAAGGGCAGAGACGCAGGAUGCAAAGCAUUUCGGUGAUCCCUCGCUGCGGGUGCUGGGUUUCAAGCCCCUCAAUUCCCUGCAAGAUCACCACCGUAUGUUUCAUGCUUAUUUCGUCUACCCCAAUGAGAGAGGUUUCACUGGCUCGGCGGCGCUUUUGUCGUCUCUUGUAGGAGUCAUGCUGGAGCGUAAGGUUCUGGCCGUGGCCAGCUACGUGGCACGGCGAAACUCCGAGCCUGUUCUCGUAGCUCUGCUGCCUCAGGCCGAGGUAGAGGAGGACGGCGACCAGAGGCAGCCUCCAGGUUUCCACAUGGUGCGACUGCCCUGGGCAGAGGAAAUCCGGCAGCUGAGCUUUCCCCUGGCUGAUGGCUUUCCGGCAGAGAUGCCUAGCGAUCUCAAGGACAAAGCACGAGAUGUGGUUCGAUGUUUGCAGCUGCCGGACUUCACUCCAGGCUGCGCGGAGAAUCCAGUUCUCCAGAAACAUUAUGCAGCUGUACAGGCCUUGGCUCUUUCAGAAGAACAGCCUGAGGAGACCGUGGACGUCCUGCAGCCAGAUGCUGCACAUCUAGAGACGAAGAAACCCCUCUUCGUAGCGUGGAAGGAGGCCGUCGACGCUGCGGCGCCGCAGAGGGCGAAACGUGCGGCGGGAGAUGGCGAGGUUAAGAUCCCAACAGAUCCUAACAUAUCUCUCUGCUCCCUCGCGAUGUCUCGGCGCUCCAACUCCGGUGCUCUGCCCCUCGUGGCCGUUCUCUUCGGCCUCUAUGCCUUGAGCUUCAGCUGUUCCCGGACUUUUGUGGGACCCUCAGCCGACCGACGCCGCGGCACCGCCCUUCGCGCAGGUGGUGAGAGCGUUCCCACAGGCUUGGUGUGGCCUUCGCCGGAGGCAGAGGAGAAGCUGCGGGAGGUGGACGGCAUCAAGCUCUUCCCAACCCAUGCCUGGAAGGAUGACAUGAACCCCAUCGUGGACUCUUCCGUGAAGCUGGAGGACACCCCGGUGAUCGUCGGUGUGGCGGCAGAUUCGGGCUGCGGGAAGUCCACUUUCCUCCGGCGCAUCCUCGGAGCCCUGGGCACCGAGGUAAAGCCUGGCCACACGGCCAUCGGGGACAUGAUGACUGUGAUCUGCCUCGACGACUACCACACCAACGACCGCGCAGGCCGCAAGGCCACCGGGCUGACCGCCCUGGAUGCCCGCGAGAACGACUUUGAUCUGAUGGGGGUGCAGAUCGAAGCCCUGAAGACCGGAAAGGCGGUCUACAAGCCCAUCUACAACCACGACACUGGCAACAAAGACCCACCUGAGCUCAUCGAGCCCAACAAGGUUAUGGUCUUCGAGGGCCUUCAUCCCAUCUACGACGAGAAGGCGCGCUCGCAGUUGGAUUUGGCGAUCUACAUCGAUAUCGUCAACGACGUGAAGUUCGCCUGGAAGGUGCAGCGCGAUGUCGCCGAGCGGGGCUGGACAGAGGAGCAGGUCAAGGAGGACAUCGAGAAGCGCCUGCCCGAUUUCUCCAAGUACGUGGACCCCCAGAAGGCCAACGCGGAUGUGGUCUUGCGCUACGAGCCCUCCGACAAGGGGCUUCCGUUCCUGAAGGUGAAGCUUAUCCAGAAGAAGGGUGGCAAGUUCCCCAUGGUCACCCUCAAGAAGGACCUCAGCCUUUCAGGAAGCGAGCCAGGUGCCACCCUGAAGAUGUACGACGACGACUGGUUCGGCAACGACGUGACUGUCGUGGAGAUGGAUGGGGAGAUCGACAUGGAUAACAUGGAGGAUCAGCUGAAGGAGAUCGAGGAGAACCUCGAGGGCCUGGGCGCCAAGUCGGCCCAGGAGCUCACCGAGGCCAUGGUGUCCUUGAAGUCCUCCCCGGGCUCUCAGAACGGCACCGGGCUCCUCCAGACCGUUAUCGCCAUGAAGGUACGGGAAAUCUACGAGAAGCUUACGGGCAAGGAGGCGUAG